UUUAUAGGGUCCAACCUUAUAAUUUGGGCUACAGUUUCGGGUUUCGUGUUUCACAGACUACACUACACUGUAGCUCCUUUCUUCUCUGCGAUUUCACCGAUACCGUUUCGCCGCCGAUGGGUCUCUCAAAGGAACAGCUUCUCCAUCAGUUACAGGAGCUUCAGAUUGAAUUUUCCAAGUAUGAACAUCCAGUUGUUUUAACUGUUGAGGCUCAGGCAAAGUAUGUUGGAAGUGGUGGCCUCAGUAAAAAUUUGUUUUUGAAGGAUAAGAAGAACAGGUUUUACAUUGUUUCUGCUUUAGCUGAAACCAAAGUAGAUUUGAAAGUGUUAUCUCAGCGGCUUGGUUUGGGAAAAGGUGGUCUCAGAAUGGCGCCCGAAGAGGCUUUAGGUGAAUUACUUCAGGUACCCUUGGGCUGUGUGACACCAUUUGCAGUAGUGAAUGAAUCAGCACGAGAUGUUUCAUUGCUAUUAGAUCAAGGAUUCAAGACCCAGGAGCAUUGUUUCUUCCAUCCAUUGUCAAAUGACAUGUCCAUAUCUCUAAAUGUACGUGGUCUUGACAAAUUUCUUAAAUCAAUCGGAAGAGAUCCCUCAUAUGUUGAUUUGGAGGCCAAUCCUGCAGUGGGAAAAGAUCAGCCUCCUGAUCUAGCCGCUCUAGUUCCUUCCAGUUCAAUAAUUUUGCCCGAUCAACCAGGAAAGCAAUCAUCUACAGAAGUUCCUAAGAACGAAAACCUUGUUUCUGUGGCUGUUUCUGUGGAUACUAAGACCAAGACAGUUCCAGCCAAAGUUGUCAAGCCAUCCGUUGCUGGGAAUAAUUCAAAAGGAACACCGGAAAAAACUGUUCAGCCAUCAGGAUCCUUUGCAGAUGCUGGGAAACUAGUUGAAGAGAUAUUGCAUAAAACAUCAAAAAUUUUGCUUUCAGAGAUCAAUGAAGAAACUAUAAAGAUGCAUGGAGAGCAGCUUGGGACUGCAUUGUCUGACAAAUUACAGAAAAACCUAACCUCUGAUUUGAAAAAUCUUGCUAUGACAUUUAAGAACACUGCAUAUACUGAAGGGUUUCAAGACGGUCUUCAAUCAGUCAAGAUCAAACUGAAUGAUUUGUUCCAAUAGUACGCUGUGUUUGGCUUAUGCAUUAUUUAUCAAAACUGGGCAAGAUUAAGUUGUCUUCUUUUUUUUCCUUUUCAACUAGACAGAUUUGCUAGAAAUGUGUAGUCUAUAUACAUGAAGGAUAUGAUUUUUAUUUCAUCCUUGCAUA